AUUGUCUCUCUCACACUUUCUAACUAGCCAUUUCACAACAUCCAGACAGAGGAUCGGGCCGUACGCAGCAGCAGCAGCAGCAGCAGCAGCAGCACAUUUACCCUCAGGGUUUUUUUUUCUCUCCCCGACGUCGACCAUAACUAAUAAUUUGGAUCCAAGGCGCGGAUGAGGGCAAUUACUGGACUUAAUCUGUCCUAAUGUCUUCUUUUCUGAUCGAGUGAUAGUCCAAUGAGUUAAAGCAAUGGCUGAGGAGAUCUGAGUCCGUAGAGAAGUAGCAGCUUUUCAAUGAAUCUGAACUAAAAGGAAAAGCAGUUUCACUUCAGAACUGUGUUGGAAGAAGCCGGAUCGGUGGACAUCAUGUACACAUUGGCGGAUUUGACGCUCAGAAAGGACAGGAGUGCGUUUUAUUCCAGAUUACUGUGACACACACAGGACGGGUUUUUUUUUUUCAGAGGGGGUAGAUUUUAAGGAGUCUGCUUCCUCUCGCUCCUGUUCGCUGUCCUCCGGGUUCCUGCAGGACUCCAGAGUCGCGGAGAGCCCAUGCAGCCGCCAAGGGAGAGGAGCGAAGUGCGACCCCGAGCUGGAUGGAUGGUUAUGGGGAAAAGAGGAAGACCCUCGGCGCUUGAUGUGUGCAGAGUCCUGGCAGUUUGUCUCUCACUUUUUCCCACCGUGAGUCUGCAGUGCAAGAUCCUCAAGUGUAACUCUGAAUUUUGGGCCUCCACCUCAAACUCUGGACCGGAGGAGGAGUUUUGUACAGCGCUGCGGGCGUACAACAGCUGCGUACGCCGAACCGCACGUACCUGCAGGGGUGACUUGGCGUACCACUCGGCCCAGCAUGGCAUAGAAGACCUAAUGAGCCAACAUAACUGCUCCAAGGAGGGGCCGACAUCCCAACCACGUGACCGCAUCCCGCUUCUUCCUCCGCCUCCGCCUUCCCCACCUGACAGCCAGGAACGCUCUGAUGGCCCGGAAGUGUGUCACUAUGAGCGAAGUCUUCCCCGAAAUACGUCGCCGCCUAACUACACCCACUGCGGCUUCUUUGGAGACCCACACCUCCGAACCUUUGGGGAUGAAUUCCAGACGUGCAAAGUGGAAGGAGCUUGGCCGCUCAUCCACAACAAAUACCUGUCUGUUCAGGUGACCAACACUCCUGUAGUACCGGGCUCUUUGGCUACAGCUACAAGCAAGCUGACAAUCAUCUUUAAGAAUUUCCAGGAGUGUGUAGACCAGAAGAUGUACCAUGCAGAGACAGAUGAACUGCCAGCUGCCUUUGCAGAUGGUUCCAAGAACGGAGGAGAUCGGCACGGAGCGAACACUCUGCGUGUAGUGGAGAAGGUUCCCGGGCAGCACGUGGAGAUUCAGGCACGAUACAUCGGAACCACCAUCGUGGUCCGGCAGGUCGGCCGAUACCUGACCUUCGCCGUGCGGAUGCCGGAAGAAGUAGUGAACUCAGUGGAGGAAGGCGAUAACCAGGACUUGUAUCUGUGUCUUCAUGGCUGUCCUGCCAACCAGCGCAUCGACUUCAGGAACUUCAGGGCCAGAGCGGCAGAGGCCCAAAGCGCAGCCAGGACCAGGGGUGGCUCCGGGGCCCACGGGUUCACAUACCAGUCUGCAAAAGCCAAGUGCAAAGAGCGGCUACCAGUGGAGGACCUGUACUUUCAGUCGUGUGUCUUUGACCUCCUCUCCUCCGGGGACAUAAACUUCACCAUGGCAGCCUACUAUGCCUUUGAGGACGUAAAAAUGCUCCACUCAAACAGCAAGAGAUACCACAUCUUCGAGGAGGAUAUGAGGAAUGCAGCGCAUGCAGGAAAAGACAUACUUUCCCUCCUCCUCCUCAACCUCUUGGCUGUGUUAAUGUGGAUGGAGUGUUGCACUGUUUACCUCUAGUCCCUUUACAACAGCAUCCUCUCGGUGUAUUUGUCAGUGAGUGUUACAGAGUACCAUCCUCGUGUCCGCUCCUCUGCUCUGGUUCUGUCUGACGUGAUUGGUGGCUUGGCGGCGGGGUCGUCUCAGCCCCGCGUCUCAUUUUUGUUGUAUCGACGUGUCUUGACAUCAAUCUAACGACAAGGCGGGUUCCCCACGCUCCCACCAAUCAUCACCUGUAUUUAGCUGGUUCAUUGGGCUGGUCUUUGAAGAGAGUGGCGGUGAGAGAGCCCAGCUACCCCAGAGCUCAGGAUAUCCCACCUGGGAUUAAAUCCCACAUUCUCACUGGGGGCUGCAUGCCUAUGGGAAGCCGGACAAGAUGAUCUUUUGCAGAAAGAGGAGUUUGCUGAUCCUCCUCCCCUGAUCUCCCUCUUCGGUGCCAAGCCAGUGAAGCUCUCUGUGGCUCAUGUGGCGAAGUGAGAGGACCUGACAGGGGCUUUUGUUAACCUAAGGCCAGAAGCAGCUCUAUGUUUGAUUAGUUUCCAGCUCUGGAAAAGCCUGAGCCUUUUUGGAGGAAGCACUCAGCCAAAAGGAUGUCAGAGCAGUGUCUCCAGUUGUCUGCUGUGGAGAUUAAUGGGUCAUAUUGUUAGGUUAUGUGUGUGUGUUUGUGUGUGUGGGUGCAUUAGUACAAUAUGUGUGCCGAAUUCAGCGUCUGUGGUUAAUUUUGUGUGUUUGUGGGUGCCGGAGUUCCCAGAAAUGAUAGUGGGCGAAAUCUUUUCCCCCGCCUUUGUGUUGCACCCAAAAUAUUGGGAACAGAAAAGGACAAGACCGACUCCAGCCUGUUAAAACGGACUCCAUCAUCCAAGUAGCAAACCAGAAAAAAGAAAAGGGAACUGCUACAAAAGAAUCUUUUCAUCUGUCAUUUUCAGUGUCAUACAGCCUUCCACUUCUAUUGUUUGAUCAGACAGUGUUUGUAUUUUUUGGUCUGUAAUGUGAAUGUAACUAACAACAAAGCAAAAGAACAAACUUAGCUAAGGGCGCUCGUUUACAGAAUGUAGACCAGUUCAACAAACUACGACUUAACAGCAGAUAAAUGCGUCACUUUGAGCAUUUUCUAGAUUUAACAAACUCCGUUGUUGCCACAGUGCUGUAGAUGCCGACUGUCUGUGUAGUACUAACUGUAAAGACGUCACCUGUACUCAGUUUAGCGGUUCGUAGACAACCGGUGUGCCGACCUGACUGUGGCUUCGUGAGUAAAAUGAUAAGCGUAUGUCUGUAGACGUCAAUUUGUGGCUUAAGUCAUUGCCAAAGAACAAGCCCUCGUGCCAACAUUUCCCUCGCAGCUGAAUCUCAUAGAGGACUCCAACGAUUUACAUUAGAGGAUUCGUAGUUGUAUAUAACGUGUUUGUUGAUCAAUUUUUGGUACGCAGAGAGGCUAAAGUAGAGGCCCCUGAAAAAUCACAGUGACAUACUGUAAACGCAGCAUUUGUUUGUGUUUUGCACCCUCAUCUCUGCUUUUCUUGUUUCAUGAUAACUCCCAUUUGACCUUUGACUCUCGGCUACAGUAUCAGGUAAAGUGUAAGUCAUCCCUGUAGAUACUGUUACUUCUUGGGCACAGUUUAUGGUCAUUUAUCCUUACACUGAAGUAUUUAGCAGGCCUUACUACUGCUAAUAUGUAUUGGUGCAGUCUGACAAAAAAAAAAAAAAAUCAUACAAAUGAUUGUAAUGUUGAAUCUUGUGUUAAUAGAUGUAAUUUGUAUUGUGAGUUUUACAGUAUAUGGUUCUACAUGUGUAAUGUGAGAUUGUACAUAUGUUUUGUGAGUUGCUGAGUUAAAUUUGUGCAUUAUCAGUUGUUUGAAUUUCUCACUUCAGUUUUUGAACAUCAGAUGUUUUGGUGAAUGUGAACCUUUUUUAUUUUAAAAGGGAUUUUUUUUUUUUUUUUGCAAAAACACGAACACCAACAAGCAGAUUAUUCUUCACAUAUUAGUCCUCAAAAGAUGGUAUGUCCUCUUUUGCAGACCUGGAUGCAUGCCACCAUAUCUUAAUAAUGGAGCGUAGAAUAAAGGGGCUGUGGUGUUCAUGUUUUUGAGUUUCAAGCACUUUAUGUUUUCUUUUCAUUUAGCUCUUUAUUAUGUUUGAAAUUCUGUGUCAGAUAGCUAAAAAGGGAAAAAAAAAAUAGUUGAAUGGAAAUGCCAGAAAGAUCAAACUGUGUUUGUAUGUAAAGCAAAUGUGUUGCCACACGCCAGCUGUUUAUAAUGUAAAUUAUUUAUUGAAUAAAACAAAGUGUCUUGUUAAUGA